AUGUUGCCACCAAGAACACGGGCGGAGACGAGCACUGCUCGGGUCAAGAAGAUGAAGGAAGGCAGUCGUCGUCUGUUUGUUCUUGCAAGGCUGGCACUGGGCACUGUCGUUGUGGCAACAACCGUCUCACAAGGGUGGAACUUUGCCCUCGAAAGAGAACACUUUUGGCAGCUUGCCGAAGCAGAGGCGGGUAUCAUCAUCACGGACCAGCAACAAAAGGAAGAGGAAAGCUGGCCUCCAUGGCCGCAAUACACUUCCUUGGACUACAACUACAGCAUCAUCAAUAGAGGCAAAAAAGUCCAUGGAAAGUGGAAAUCCCAACGCAACAAGUCCCAGAUCCCUCCUCUCUUUUUAGAUCGACUGGACCAGUAUUUGGGGCCCGAAUGUCCUGCCAACACCAACACAACCAACACUAACACCAACACGACUACUCAAAAGGCAUGUGAUGAUACGGUGCGGUUAUCACUAGCGGAUGUCAAACGCAUUGAAGAACAAGUCAUGAAGUUCAACAUACCCCGCAAGAUUGUCCUUCGUGUCAAAGAUGUGCCCUACAUUAAUCUCCAAUAUACACGCUGGAAUUUGGAUAUUGACACUCUGGACAAGAAGCUAGGGACGCGAAAGAUGUGUCCCAAUUGUCACAUUCGCAGUUCCAAAACGUUCCUUCGUCCCGACCCCGACAAAGAACCCGCUCAUGUCCGAUACUACCCUUCUUGUCAGGAUUACAAAUACGCCAAACUGUUUAAAGAGGGUGGGGAUGGAAGGGAUUUUCCAGAUCAAGUCUUGGUGGGAGACUGUGGAGAGUCCCAAUACGGAUCUGGUGCGCCGUUUUGGAAGAAUGGCAAACAAAAGAUGGAUUACGACUCUACCGUGGUGGAUGAUGAUCAGGAUGGCAGUAAUCCCUUUGUCCGAACGUAUGCCCAUUUGCAUCUGGCACCGGGGCAUGUCUAUCACGAAAGUGGACUGCCGGCAUUUUCCAAUGUGAGCGACUUUGUACAGCAUUUGCUCACCACGCCCGUCCCAUCGUGGCCAAGACACAUCAAUAAUACACAGAUUCAGCGCAAACUGAAAAAUGAUACAUCCAUCUUGGAGAAUGUGCACCAACAGUUUGAUGCUGCCUUUCUCCACAGUGACUGUGGACAUUUGCGAGGCAAUCUGCUGCGGGAAAUGAUUGAAGGGUCGUCCAAAGAGUCACGGGUUGCUACCAUUGCACGAUAUGGCAAAUGCUUUCACAACAUGAAUGCCAAGAAUCUCAUGGGUGGGGGUUACUGGAGAGGCAAUGCAAACUCUUCCUGGAGUGAGAAGAUGGCAGGUUUGAUUCACAAAGAUCAAGAAGGUCACAGGGAUGCCUCCAAGGUGGGACUCAUGUCUCAUCACAAGUUUGGAUUUGCACUGGAGAAUACCUUGAGCCCCUAUUACUUUACGGAAAAGAGAUGGCAGGUACUCAUUGCCAAUUCGGUUCCCAUUGUCUGGAACAACCACAACUCGAUUCAAUAUCUGCCAGAUCCGGAUGCCGCCCUCUUGGUGCCGGUUCCUCUCUCCAAGAAGCAUGUCCAGAAACUGGCCCAGCAAAUACACUAUUAUGCGCAACCAGAACACGAACAAGAAUAUCUGGAAAAGUUCUUUGCUUGGAAACAUCGAGGACUCCGGCCGGACUUUGUGCGCAAGCUAUUCCUUUCCACGGAUUUUCUGUUUUGUCGUAUCUGUGAAUACAUGGCACACCAUCACUUUUAUGAUGAUGACGAAGAAGAAGAGGAAUGA